ACUUAAGCACGUACCCUUUAAUACGAACAUAUAAAAAACCUUAAUAUUCCUUAUUUCCAUGAGCAAUCCACAUUUUACAACGGGUCAUUAAUUUACCGCCAAAUUAUCUGUCAUCAAUGUCAAUUUGACUUACUUUUAAAAAGCGAAUUAACAACAUAAACAAAAGGGAAGAGAGAAAAGUUCUGCAUAGUUUCCUUACAUUAUAACUACCCAAUAGUUUCCUCAAAUAAGAUGGACAGAAAGCUGCUACAAACUACUGCUCAGAGACUAAAUGUUUACGAUGAAGCGAUUCUGAAGAAGUCUGAAGAGUUUAUACGCCUCUACCAAACCAAAGCGUUAGUUAAAACCUUGGAUGAUCAAGCUAAAACAGUUCUUUGCUUAGAUUUAGCAGCCCAAUUGAUAGGAAGCAGCUUCGACAAGUCAGUAGCUUUAGCAUUGUGUGGUCUUAAAAGAUCUGCAUACCAAAACAGUCUAAAUAACCUGGAAAAAAUUUUGGGCCUGGAUAAACCUCUCACAAUUUCAGACGGUUGUAUACAAUUAGGCUGUACAGCUAUUAAGGAAGAUGCUGAAGACAUUUUACAGAAAUAUAAGCAAAUAGAUCAUAAAGUUAAAGAUAUGGAUCAUCCGCAGUAUGUUGCUGUUGCUAUCUAUUUGGCUUGCAAAGCAAAAAAAGUUUCUAUAGACAAAACUCGUUUGGCAUUAUUAAGUAGACUUAAACCAUCCCAAUGGCGGGAGCUGGUCGCCUCAUUUGAGAAUUUGGGCUUAAGUAAAAAGGCAACUAGACAAAAGAACAAAGAAAUUAAUAAAAUGGAAGAAGAAUAUAUGAUUGAGACAGAUGAUCAAGAGGCAAAAAACAAACAGGAACAAGAAGAAGAGGAGGAUUAUGAAAUUUGGAAAAAUAGGAUUUUAAAAGAAGCUUAUAAGGAAUUAAAGCAAAGGGGACAAACUAUUGAUUCAGUAAAAUAAAAUUUCAUAAAUAAAUUAACAUCUUCAAGGUAAAUUUAAUUAACAAUACAAGUUUCUUUGGACUUUUUUUAUACAAUCACAGAAGUCAAAAUACUGCCAUAUUUUUCAACCCAUUUUAAAUUCUCCUUUGCAAUAUUGACUGCCUCAAUGGGUUUUCCACUAACUAUUCGAUUAAGGUCUAUGUAGGCUUGAAUCUGGAAAAAUGCGUAGUUUAUUGUAUGGAACCAUUUUUGGGAAUAUUUUAGUGAAUACUUACAUAGUCAAUGUUCUCUUGUACAAAUAUCUUUUUCGCUGUUUUUAUCAAAAGGUCUCCCUGGCUGUAUAACCAACUAAAAUUAGAAAGAAAUAUUGUUUUGUUAGGGUUAUCCAUUAUCAAUAAAUAAAUUAUAAAAUAGUAUGUUA